AUGAUAUAUUCAUCAUUAGUGAUAAAAUUUACAAUUCUAUAUAUUAUAUCCUAUUCAUAUGCACAACAAUGUGAGCAAACUUCCAAUGCAGCUCGUUUUAAUUGUCAUCCAGAGAAUAAUCCCACAGAAGCAACAUGUGAAACAAGAAAAUGUUGUUGGCGACCACCAAUCCCACAAACUAAUGCAACUGUUCCAUAUUGUUACUUUCCAACAGAUUUUCCAACUUAUGAAAUAAUAUCAAAUGAAACAACUGAUUUUGGUCAACGAAUUCGUAUACAAAAAUUACAAACAACUUAUAUGCCACAUGAUAUUCUUAAUCUAACAGUUGAUCUUAUCUAUGAAACACAAGAAAGAUUUCGUAUUCGAAUCUACGAUACAAUUUAUAGACGAUAUGAGGUGCCAUUACAAGUACCUGUAGUGGAGAAAAGAGCUACUGAUACUGAUUAUGAAAUAACAUUUAGUGUAAAACCAUUUGCAAUACUUGUCACACGGAAAUCAACAGGUGUAAUAUUAUUUGAUUCAAGUAUAGCUCCACUUAUUUUUGCUGAUCAAUAUAUGAAACUUUCUACAAGACUGUCAAGUCCAUUGGUGUACGGUCUUGGUGAACAUCGACAGCCAUUAUUAAUCAAUGUAUCGGCUGAAUGGAAACGAUUGACAUUCUAUAGUCGUGAUUUUCCACCAGUGGAAAACAUUAAUCUCUAUGGGGUUCAUCCAUUUCAUAUUAAUCUUGAACGUACACCAGACAAUCAAACUCAUGUUCAUGGACAAUUUUUCCUCAAUUCAAAUGCAAUGGAUAUUGAUCUUCAACCUUUACCUGCUAUAACUUACACAACGAUUGGUGGUAUCAUUGAUUUAUAUAUUUUUACAGGACCAACUGUUGAGAAUGUCAUUGAACAAUAUUGGGAUGUCAUUGGAAAACCGACAAUGCCACCAUUUUGGUCACUUGGAUUUCAUCUUUCUCGUUUUGGAUAUAGUACAUUUGAGAAUUUGUGGGAAACUAUCAAAAGAAUGCAUGAUGCUGAGUUUCCAUAUGAUGUUCAAUGGACAGAUAUCGAUGUCAUGUCAUCUUCUCUUGAUUUUACCUAUGAUCGAGAAAGAUUUCAGGGUCUUCCUGGACUUGUUCGUGGAUUACAAUCUGAAGGCAAACAUUAUGUAAAUAGACUUGAUCCAAGUAUUAGCUCAACACAGCCAUCUGGUUCCUAUCCACCCUAUGAUGAUGGAAUAAAUCGUGAAAUUUUUGUUACAAAAUAUAAUUCAACGGAUCCACUAGUUGGAGAAGGUUGGGCUGGUAGAACGGUGUUUGCUGAUUUUACACAUCCUAAUGCAGUUGAAUGGUGGACAAGGAUGGCUACAGCAUUUCAUGAAAGCAUUCCAUUUGAUGGACUAUGGAUCGAUAUGAAUGAACCAUCAAAUUUUGUCGAUGGAUCACAUGAUGGAUGUACAACAAAUGCUCUAGAUAAUCCACCCUAUGUUCCUCAUGUACUUGGUAACAAUCUUAGUUCAAAAUCAUUAUGCCCAUCUUCCCAACAUUAUCUAUCGUUUCAUUAUAACUUACAUAGUAUGUUCGGUUAUUUCGAAUCACAAGUUACAAAUACAGCAUUGAAAACUAUUCGUAAAAAACGACCAUUUGUUUUAUCUCGUUCAACAUUUGCUGGUUCAGGACAAUUCGCUGCACAUUGGACUGGUGAUAAUCGAGCAAGCUUUCAAGAUAUGUACUAUUCUAUACCAGCAAUUCUUAGUUUCAAUAUGUUUGGUAUAACACAUGUGGGUGCUGAUAUUUGCGGAUUUGGAUUAGAUACAACUGAAGAAUUAUGUACAAGAUGGAUGCAAUUAGGUGCCUUUUAUCCAUUUAUGAGAAAUCAUAAUGAUCUUGGACAGAAAGAUCAAGAUCCUGCAUCAUUUUCAUGGGAAGCUCAACAAAUAAUGAAACAAGCAUUAUUAAUGAGAUAUUCAUUUAUACCAUUUUGGUAUACAUUACACUACGAAGCAUCAAUGAACUCUAAAACUAUUAUACAACCACUUUUUUUCGAAUAUUUAAAUGAUAAAAAUACUUACAAUAUUGAUCAACAAUUUUUAAUUGGUCGUGCUCUUCUUAUUUCUCCGAAUUUAGUUUCACAAACAAAUACUGUUGAUGUUUAUAUACCACAAGAUGUUUGGUAUGAGUUUUCAUCAGGUGUAGAAAUAGAAACUGUUGGACAAUUCAUUACAUUAAAUGCACCAAUAUCAAAAAUUAAUGUUCAUGUUCGUGGUGGUUUUAUUAUUCCAAUGCAAACACCAGGUGCUAAUUUAAUUCUUGGACGUGGUAAUCCAUUUUCGUUACUUGUUGCACCAUCUCAAUUUGGUAAUGCAAGUGGAAAUUUAUUUUGGGAUGAUGGUGAUUCAAUUGAUUCAAUUGGAACAAAUACAUACAAUUAUUUUGAAUUUACUUUAACGACUUCGAAUACGUUGACAAUUGACCCUCUUAGUACAAAUUAUAAAGAUUCUCCGAUGCGUUUGGAUCUUAUAAAAGUUCUAGGAGUAAGCAAACCUGUAACUCAGGUGACAGUCAAUGGAAAAGUGUAUCCAAAUUAUACUUACAGUGUUUUUGAUCAAAUUUUAAUUAUUCAUGGUCUUGAUAUGAAUAUAUUAGUUGAGUCUAUGCUAUGUUUUGUUUGGUGUAUAUUUGCUCAACAAUGCGAAAUAAGUCCACAUGUACAACGAUUUGAUUGUUAUCCAGAAAAAGAGUCAUCGAAAGAAAAAUGUCUAGAACGAAAUUGUUGUUGGAGAUUACCAAUUGAACAAACAAAUUAUACAGAUAAACGGUUAACUGGAAUACCUUUUUGUUAUUAUCCAACCGAUUUUCCCACUUAUGAGAUAAUAUCAAAUGAAACAACAGAUUUUGGUCAACGAAUUCGUAUACAAAAAUCACAAACAACUUAUAUGCCACAUGAUAUUCUUAAUUUAACAGUUGAUCUUAUCUAUGAAACACAAGAAAGAUUUCGUAUUCGCAUCUAUGAUUCAGUUAAUAAACGAUAUGAAGUUCCACUUCAAGUACCUGUAGUGGAGAAAAGAGCUAAUAAGACUGAUUACGAGAUAAGAUUUGGUAAAAAACCAUUUGCAAUACUUGUCACUCGAAAAUCAACAGGUGUAACAUUAUUUGAUUCAAGUGUAGCUCCACUUAUUUUUGCUGAUCAAUUCAUCAAAUUUUCUACACGAUUAUCAACUCCAUUAUUAUAUGGCCUUGGCGAACAUCAGCAACCAUUGUUAAUCAAUGUAACAAAUGAAUGGAAAAGAUUGACAUUCUAUAGUCGCGAUUUUCCACCAAUGGAAAAUAUAAAUCUCUAUGGUGUUCAUCCAUUUCACAUCAAUCUUGAACUUACAUCAGACAAUCAAACUCAUGUUCAUGGACAGUUUUUCCUCAAUUCAAAUGCAAUGGAUAUCGAUCUUCAACCUUUACCUGCUAUAACUUAUACAACGAUUGGUGGUAUUAUUGAUUUAUAUAUUUUUACAGGACCAACAGUCGAGAAUGUCAUCGAACAAUAUUGGGAUGUUAUUGGAAAACCGACAAUGCCCCCAUUUUGGUCACUUGGAUUUCAUCUUUGCCGUUGGGGAUAUAAUAAUAUUGAAAAUAUGAUAUCGACUCUCGAAAGAAUGCAAAGUGCAAAUUUUCCAAUCGAUGUUCAAUGGACAGAUAUUGAUGCAAUGUCCUCCUAUCUUGACUUCACUUAUGAUAGUGAACAUUUUCAUGGACUUCCUGGAUAUGUUCGUGCAUUACAAGCUGAUGGAAUACACUAUGUAAAUAUAAUUGAUCCAGGUAUUAGUUCAACACAAUCAGCUGGUUCUUAUAUACCAUAUGAUGAAGGAUUGAAACGAGGUGUAUUUAUGACAAAAUUUAACUCAACUGAACUAAUUUUUGGAAAAGUUUGGCCAGGUAUUACAGCAUUUCCUGAUUUUACAAAUCCUAAAACAAUUGAAUGGUGGACAGAUAUAGCUUCGGCUUUUCAUGAAGUCAUUCCAUUCGAUGGCAUGUGGAUUGAUAUGAAUGAACCAUCUAGUUUCGUCGAUGGCUCACAAGAUGGAUGUACUGAUAAUGCAUUAGAUAAUCCACCAUUCAUUCCUCAUGUACAUGGUGAUGCGCUUAGUGCUAAAACGUUAUGUCCGUCUGCUCAACAGCUCUUAUCGUCCCACUAUAAUUUACAUAGUAUGUACGGUUAUUUUGAAGCACAAGCAACAAAUAUAGCAUUGAGAACUAUUCGUAAAAAACGACCAUUUGUUUUAUCUCGUUCAACAUUUGCUGGUUCAGGUCGCUAUACUGCACAUUGGACUGGUGAUAACCAAGCUACAUUUAUUGAUAUGUACUUUUCAAUUCCAGCUAUUCUUAAUUUUAAUAUGUUUGGUAUAACACAUGUGGGUGCUGAUAUUUGCGGUUUUCUGCUUGAUACUACCGAAGAAUUAUGUGUCAGAUGGAUGCAAUUAGGUGCCUUUUAUCCAUUCAUGAGAAAUCACAAUUCUCUCGGACAAAAAGAUCAAGAUCCUGCAUCAUUUUCAUGGGAAGCUCAACAAAUAAUGAAACAAGCAUUAUUGAUGAGAUAUUCAUUAAUACCAUUUUGGUAUACAUUGCAUUAUGAAGCAUCAUCGAAAUCUAGAACAAUUGUCCAACCACUUUUUUCUGAAUAUCUAAAUGAUGAAAAUACUUAUAAUAUUGAUCAACAGUUUUUAAUUGGUCGUGCUCUUCUUAUUUCUCCAAAUUUAUUACCCGAAUCUAACUCUGUUCAUGCAUAUAUUCCUCAAGAUGUUUGGUAUGAAUUUCCGUUAGGUGUUAAAUUAUCGAAUGUCGGAUUAUUUACUGAUUUGGAUGCACCCAUAUCAAAAAUAAAUGUACAUCUACGUGGUGGUUUUAUUAUUCCAAUGCAAAUACCCGGUGAUAAUUUAGUUCUUGGACGUGGUAAUCCAUUUACAUUAGUUGUUGCACCAUCUCAAUUUGGUAAUGCAAGUGGAAAUUUAUUUUGGGAUGAUGGUGAUUCAAUUGAUUCAAUAGAAACACAAACAUAUAAUUAUCUGGAAUUCUCAUUAACUAACUCUAAUAAAUUAACAAUUAAUAUACUUGUUUCAAAUUACAAAGAGUCUGCAAUGCGUUUAGAUCUUAUUAAAAUACUUGGAGUAAAUACUUCUGUUAACAAUGUAAUUAUUAAUGGAAAAUCUUAUUCGAAUUAUCUUUAUAAUAUUCCUGAUCAGAUUUUACUUAUCUAUGGUCUUGAUUUGGAUAUGUUAUCUCAAUCAAGUCAAACUAUUCAAUGGACAACUUCGAAUAAAUAG